AGGAGCCGGAGCUGGGCUGGGAGCGGAGCCGGGCAGCGGCCGGCAGCAGGCGCGGGCAGCACCGCCGCUUCGCUGGCGUCUGGCGGAGUGGGGCGGCAGCAGCAGCAGCAGGCUGCAGCCGGCGGGGCGAAGCAGCCGGCGGGUCUCGCCGCGCCCCCUCGCUGUUCUCUUCCCCAGCUUUCCCGUGAGCCGCUCCCCGCCCGGGUCCCGCGGGUGCAGCAUGAAGUGCAGCGAUGGCUCGGAGAGGUAAGACGGCGGUGAGGACGCUGGAAGACCUGACGCUGGACUCCGGGUAUGGUGGCGCGGCGGACUCGGUGCGCUCCUCCAACUUGUCGCUGUGCUGCUCGGAUUCGCACCCCGCGUACCCCUAUGGAGGAAGCUGCUGGCCGCACCUAACUGACUCCAUGCACAGUCGGCACAACAGCUUCGACACCGUCAACACCGUCCUAGCGGAAGACUCCGAGGUGCUGGACUGCGCGGGGCAGCAGUGCUCCCGGCUCCUGCCCGACCUUGAGGAGGUCCCCUGGAGCCUGGAGGAGGUGGAGGCGCUGCUGCUGCCGCCGCCGCCGCGCCGGGAGCCGCGGGCGCCGGGCGCCGCCAGCCCCGGGAGCCGGGAUGCGGCGGCGCGGCUCUCGACGCUGGUGAGCCGGGCGCUGGUGCGCAUCGCCCGGGAGGCGCAGCGGCUGAGCCUCCGCUUCGCCAAGUGCACCAAGCACGAGGUGCGCAGCGCCAUGGAGAUCGUCCUGGGCUGGACGCUGGCGGCCCGCUGCACCGCGGCCGCCCUCGGCGCCCUGUCCCUCUACAACAUGAGCGGUAGCGGCGGCGACCGCUUCAGCCGCGGCAAGUCGGCGCGGUGCGGGCUGGCGUUCUCCGUGGGCAAGUUCUACCGCUGGAUGGUGGACAGCCGCGUGGCCCUGCGCAUCCAUGAGCACGCCGCUAUCUACCUCACCGCCGGCACCGAGAGCCUCUUCCGCGACAUCCACGCGCGGGUGCUGGCCGGCCCCGCCGCCCCGCUCCCGCCGCCCGGCCGGCCCCCGGCCGCCGCCGCCGCCGCCGCUCCGGCCGACAAGGAGAAGGAGAGCGGCGGCGAGGCGCCCCGCUUCACCCUGGAGACGCUGGAGCAGACGGUCAACAACGACCCCGAGCUCUGGGGCUUGUUGCAGCCCUACCAACACCUCAUCUGCGGCAAGAACGCCAGCGGUGUUCUCUGCCUCCCGGACAGCUUGAACCUUCACAAAGACCAGCAAAGGUCAAAUAAACCUGGGGAAGUGCAGAUGUUCAGCCAGUCAGAGCUAAGGACCAUCGAGCAGUCGCUACUUGCUACACGUGUGGGGAGCAUUGCCGAACUCAGCGACCUGGUGUCUCGAGCGAUGCACCACCUCCAGCCCCUCAACGCCAAGCAGCAUGGGAACGGGACACCGAUGCACCAGAAGCAGGGAUCACUCUACUGGGAACCAGAGGCUCUGUACACCCUCUGCUACUUCAUGCACUGCCCCCAGAUGGAGUGGGAAAACCCCAAUGUGGAGCCGUCAAAAGUCACACUGCAGACUGAGAGGCCAUUCAUUGUCCUGCCUCCCCUAAUGGAGUGGAUACGGGUUGCCGUGGCUCACGCGGGGCACCGUCGCAGCUUCUCAGUGGACAGCGAUGACGUACGGCAGGCAGCGAGGCUCCUGCUGCCGGGAGUUGACUGCGAACCUCGACAGUUAAAAAUCGACGACUGUUUUUGUGCAUCUCGGAAACUGGAUGCGGUUGCCACUGAAGCGAAGUUCAAGCAGGACCUGGGUUUCCGGAUGCUCAACUGUGGCCGAACAGAUCUGGUGAAACAAGCCAUAUCCUUGCUGGGGCCGGAUGGGAUUAACAGCAUGAGUGAACAGGGCAUGACUCCACUGAUGUAUGCUUGUGUCAGGGGUGAUGAGGCUAUGGUGCAGAUGCUGCUAGAUGCUGGAGCAGAUCUGAAUGCUGAGGUUGUCAGUACUGCUCAUAAAUACCCAUCCGUCCACCCUGAGACCCGCCAUUGGACAGCUCUGACAUUUGCUGUGUUGCAUGGACAUAUUCCUGUAGUUCAGCUGUUGCUGGAUGCUGGAGCAAAGGUAGAAGGUUCCUUGGAGCAUGGAGAGGAAAAUUACUCUGAAACUCCUUUACAGUUGGCAGCAGCUGCUGGAAAUUUUGAACUGGUCAGUUUGCUGUUGGAGCGAGGAGCUGACCCCAUGAUAGGAACAAUGUACAGGAACGGCAUUUCCAUGACUCCACAAGGUGACAUGAACUCUUUCAGUCAGGCUGCUGCACAUGGACACAGGAAUGUCUUCCGUAAGCUGCUUGCUCAGCCAGAGAAGGAGAAGAGCGAUAUUCUGUCUCUGGAGGAGAUCCUGGCUGAGGGGACAGACUUGCCAGACUCGGCGGCAGCUCCACUCUGUGCCAGCCGCAACAGCAAGGCCAAGCUGAAAGCCCUGAAGGAGGCCAUGUACCACAGCGCCGAGCACGGCUACGUGGAUGUCACCAUUGACAUCCGGAGCAUAGGUGUUCCCUGGACACUGCACACGUGGCUGGAGUCCUUACGCACAUCCUUCCAGCAGCACCGACGACCCCUCAUCCAAUGCUUACUGAAGGAAUUCAAGUCCAUUCAGGAGGAAGAGUACACAGAAGAGCUCAUCACACAAGGAUUGCCUCUGAUGUUUGAGAUACUGAAAGCCAGCAAGAACGAAGUGAUCAGCCAGCAGCUUUCUGUCAUUUUCACUCAUUGCUAUGGACCCUACCCUAUUCCAAAGCUCGUUGAAAUUAAGCGCAAGCAGACCUCUCGCCUAGACCCUCAUUUUCUUAACAACAAAGAGAUGUCAGAUGUUACAUUUCUGGUGGAAGGAAGACCAUUUUAUGCACAUAGAGUGUUGCUGUUUACUGCAUCGCCAAGGUUUAAAGCAUUGCUGUCUAGCAAGCCCUCAUCUGAUAGUACUUGUAUUGAGAUCAACUAUGUGAAGUACCCCAUCUUUCAGCUGGUUAUGCAGUAUCUUUAUUAUGGAGGUGCAGAGUCACUCUUGAUUAAAAAUAAUGAAAUUAUGGAGCUCCUCUCUGCUGCUAAAUUUUUCCAGCUUGAAGCUUUACAACGACACUGUGAGAUCAUUUGUGCAAAAAGCAUUAAUACAGACAACUGUGUGGAUAUUUAUAAUCACGCCAAGUUCCUCGGAGUCACAGAACUAUCUGCCUAUUGUGAAGGCUACUUUCUGAAAAAUAUGAUGGUCCUCAUUGAAAACGAAGCUUUCAAACAGCUGUUGUAUGACAAGAAUGGAGAAACGUCUGGUCAAAACGUACUACAGGACUUACAGAGGACGUUGGCCACAAGGAUUCAGUCAAUUCAUUUGUCUUCUUCAAAGGGCUCCAUUGUGUAAAGCCGAGGAAGGUGGUAACCCUCUAAUAAAGACCCUGCAAGUCAAGUCUGCUGUUGCAGUUGCUUAAACCCGUUGCAGUUGCUUAAACAAAUACAAAAAAAACCCCCAAACAAACCCAAACUAAACAAUUCUCCUUUGCAUCCAAAUAGUUCUGUGUUGGCCAAAGGUGCUGCACUGGCGCUACAGCCCCAUUUGGAUGAGGGAAUACAGAGGACAAAGCUCGUCCGUGUUUUUGAGCAAAUGGGGCACAAGAGGAUCCAGUGAAUUGCUGUUGUGCUCCAAAUCUGAACACAUACACACACACACACACACACACACAUAAACACACACGGUCAUGGAGCUUGAUGCCAACAAAAGCCAGGACUCACGUGAGUGAAGAGCAGUAGCCUCUGCCUGAGCCAUGGUGCCAGGGGACACCCAAACUGACCGAUCAGUCACUUCAGGUGGAUUGACUCCAGCGUCACACGUUAAAGGACUAUUAUCUAUCCUGGAGUCCAAUAUCUCAUGCGUUUUAAGAAAUGUAAGAACUGUUAUUGCUGUCGAGCAAAGAUCAACUGUGUUAGAGAGUGGGUAAGACUGUUGCAGCUGAGGAAAUAUACUGGCAGAUUUUUAGGGGUGGGAACUUUUUAAAUUGUUCAUAAAAAAAAUAAUGGGGUGGCCUUGUAGUUUAAAAACUUAUUUCUUAAGCUUAAAAUUUCAUUUUUGACAGAGCUGUGUUUGAGAAUCUAUGUAACAUGUUCUAGGGUUUGUUUUUUUAAAAUGGUAAAAUGUACAUUGUGUAAACAGAUAUACGAUCAAGUUUUGCUUGUAUUCUUUCCUAGGGUGGUAUAAUCUUGCCUAUCAGGCUAUGGUUACACCAAAGAGGUACAUUACCCAGACUAUCUCUAAUACAGUAGUUAGGGAGGGGAGGGGCAGAAGGACUGCAUGCUACUCAUCAUUUGGGGUUAAAAAAAAACAAUGGCAAACUCAACAUUCAUUUGCAUGGUAACUGUACCUGUGAAACGUUACGUUUGUGCUUCGUUUCGCCACGCCAAAGUCGACGUCACUUCUCGUCAAACUUCAUUUGUGAAAUUAGCACAUUUUUUUCAUUUGGUGCAAUUGGUUGUGAUGCGAUACCCCUGGAGACCCUUCUCGAGAUGACGGUUUCUGUUUGUUACAGUGAAGGGGUAAUGACAGAUCUUUACUUCAGUAAUGUGUUGAUACUUCGCCACUGGCCAGAGAUUGUGUCCAAGUUAGGCUUUUUUAAAAAUUAUAAUUAAAUGUGU